UCAUGACGUCAUAGCCGGCCAUAUUGGCAAACAAGAAACCGUGCAGUACAGAGUACCUAGAGAGAGCCAUCGAUAGAAGCUGAAUUUUUUCCCCCUUGUAAAUUCCCCGUCCUCUCUCUAUACUAUGGCAUCCGACGCAACCGAGGAGAGAACCUCGACACCCUGUGAAACAGUGCGUGAAGAAGAUGAAGACAAUGUUAACGAUGAGUUACCACCACAACCACAGCCAGACAAAAAAGUAAUUGAGCAGAGAGAAGAAGAGAAGUUGAAGUCAAAGUACCCAAGCCUUGCUAAAGGUGGAGGAGGUUCAGCAUUGCUCAAUAAAAGACUACAGAAAGGAGGGCAAAAGUACUUUGAUUCGGGGGAUUAUGCUAUGGCUAAAGCUAAGUUGAGUGCAAAACAGAAACCACCACCUCCACCAGAGAAGAUCAUCAAAGCUGAGGCUGUUGGUGAGACGAUUCCUACACCAGAAAAUAUUCAGGCACGGAAACCAUCAUUGGUGACCAGCAAGUUAGCAUCAGGAGAGUUGAUAUGAUUUCCCCUCAACUUCGUGCUACGGUCAACCAUUCCUAGGAAUGGCAAUUUGUAUAUGAAUAUGUUGCUAUCCCAACCAAGAUGAGGCAGAAACAGUUGUGGGAUACCCUUAAUAAACAUUGGUUAUGAAGUACUGCAUCCUCCUGUUAAUCUAUGUUUUGCAUCAUGGCCUAUUAAAAAGUAUUACUUGAAAAAAGAGCUGCAAGUGAGGUUUUCAGAUAGUUUGCAUCUGAUUUUUAUGUAACUGAGCAGAGAAUCUCCACAUUUUAUUCUCUGUGUUGAGUCACUGACAUGUCAUGAGCUGUUGUGUAGUUUCUUAUUACCAAUGUGUUAAAUUGGUGGUCAGAAACACAUUUUUACAGAUCAUAGUGUGAAUAAGUCGCCAUCGUUAUACUGUUUGAAUUGCUCCUGGUUUUUCAAAUAACUUAUAUGCCUCAUUUUGGUUGAGAAAUGUGAAUUUCAUACCACCUUCUGCUAGUGUACAAGUAUGUGUAUUACUUUUAUUAGCACAAUGCCCACUCAGGAUUUGGUUGUAUGAAGCGGAUGUAGUUCUGUGCAUUGGUGUCCCAGUAAGAUAGAAUGAUCUUCACUAUUUAACCAAAGGUUAUGUACCAUUUUGUGCCAGUUAGAAGCCCUGCAGCUUUUAUUUAUUUAUUAAUUUUUUGUUUGUUUUGUUUUUUUGUGAUUGGGCCAUGAAUUUUUUUCCUGCUGCAAUGUCCCCUAAAAAGUCUCAAGUGAAAAAUGUUGCGAACAAAGAAUGAAUGGUUCACUAUUAGUCAUUCUCACCAAUCUAUUGAACUAUGUGAUCAGGCAGCAAUGGGUCACACAUUCAGACAUGAAACAGUGCCUGGUGUUAGAAAAUCAACCUAUUCUGCAUUGUUAUGGCUGAAACUUAAAAGAAGUGAAUGACAUUAGUCUUCUAAUGUCAUGAAAACUAUUUAAAAAAUUAAUUUACUUUUUACUUUGUACCUGUCAGGAUGCUUAUCAAACCUUUUUACUAUCUUGAGGGCAAGCUCAGUUUUUCACUACAUGUCAUUCACCAUAGCACAUACGUUUGUGGUGUAAUUGUCCUUGCUUACUGUUUUUAGAAAAUGGUUUAAGCAGGGUGAGUAUUUGCAGUCCUACCAUGGAUUGUUUUUCUGUUGUUGUUUGUAAGGCUAACACAUUCUUCAAGAGUGCUCCAUGGUACCCAGCACUGAUUUCCAUAAGCCCUGUUAAUUGAUUUAUGGGAAUGGAAGGUAGCACCAAUGGUGUGGCUCAAUGACAAAAAAAAUGUUUUGAAAGCAAGAUAUGCUGAAAGUGGCAGCUGUCACUAGUAUAUGACAGAGUGCUUUAAGCCACAGCUUUAGGUCUUGGGUUGUUGACUGCAAGUCGAAUGUGUAUGACAGCAAAUCAAAUUUAUGGAGAUUGAAGUAUUUGCUUCAUGAGAGUCAUGAACACUUCCCUGUGUAUGCAUAUUGAUACUGAAUAUUGUCUGUUUUCCAUAACCCUGAUCUUGAAUCAUCUCAGUAAUUUACCAGUGCUUUUUUCCUCUGUAGGAAGUGAGGAUGGAUCGUAUAGUCUCUGAUUCUAGUGCCUGCUAGAGUUAUAUUUUAAAGCUUGUAUAUAUGAAGAAGGCUGAAGAAAAAGAAGGUCUUUUGUUUGCGAUUUAGGUGUUUGGAACUUCAGUGCUAAGUUAUUGCUUGUAACAAAUGAGAAUCAUUCAACCAAAGAUUUUGCAAUUGGCAUGAUAUUAAGAAAAUCAAGAUGUUUGGGAAAAUGUACAUGUCUGACAUCACUUUUUAGUUUGUUGUGUAUUAAAUUGUCAAACUGAGUUGUGAGUCGAGUACUUCAUGGAUUACAAUUUAUUUUCAUUUUGAUUCUGUUUAAAAAUCAAAGAUUAUGAGUUUAUUUGAAAAGAUGGAAUUAAUCCCUUCCAUGCGAAAUUAUUUUCUUAGAGUAGUUUUGAUUUCCCAGGGGGCUCAGUUUUCCGUAGGGUAGCUAUGCAUUUUUUAACUCGCUGUAUGAUCAAGUACAACAUGAAAGAAAUGCAACAGGCAGAACUGCUCACAGAAUCACAUGAUAAUGAAUUUAUUGGGUGGAACGGAUAGGCUCGGGGAGGGAAUAGUUUCUGUCAAAAGCGUUAGCAUAUCACUAGUCGUGGGGUAAAUGAAAACUAGAAUAGAAGACUAUACCUUUGGUCAUGCCAUACUCUUUAUUUUGCGAUGUGCGUAAUCUGUAUAUGACUCCCCUACCUUAAUUAUCCGUGAUAGGGACGUCCAACUUCAGCAGUCUGUCAUUGAUCUUCAGUUGACAUGUAUGUGUAUUGUGAACAUUUAAUGUUUAAAUUGUUAUAUAAUUUGUUCUUUUUUUUUUUUCACUUAUUUCCUUUUUUUUGGUUACUUUAAAACCCAAUGCCCGACUAAGGCCGCAACCAUAUUAAUGCCUGACACCGAUGGUCAGACCAGACCGUCUUCGGGCGCAAAAGAAUGCGCACCGGCUCUUUAGUAAUGGAAGGUAACAAAAACGAUUUCGGCUACCAUACUGACGCCCUACGUCCUGUGUCGUCCCCGGUCAGACCGUCUCCGAUAAAACAUGUUCUAUCGACGACGGUCCGUCGGGCGAGAUGGGAGGUAAUUUUAUUGAUGUUGUCUCUGCAUAGUUGUGUCCCCUUUCCCGCCUCAAUGACACAACACCAUAGAUGUACACUAUAGGUUUAAAAGGAGGUAACUCUAUGCGCUGCACAGAAUUCUAGCAGUUCUUGUCAGCUCUGCAUAUAUCUCUAACAGUUCAUUGAAACUGCUAUGUUUCAUGCGAUAGUAUUGUUGGAAAUUUCACUAUCUUCCAACAACGGUGGAAACAAAUGAUGAAAUUCACUUACUGUAUCACGCUUUCUUUGGAUGGGAUGCGCUGAAAAUUUUCUUGUCUUGUUGUUUUUCUUUCCUUUUUUUGUCUGCGUCUCAAAAGCAGCAACAACAACACUUUUUUUCUUCUACCGCACGCCAUAUUUGCAAGACGGCGGUGUCUGACCGCCAAACUCCGGUGUUAAUAUGGUCGGCUGCACCCGACGGAAAACGGCGGGUCUGGUCUGUCUGUCGGUGUCAGGCGUUAAUAUGGUUCUACCCUAAGCCUUAGACACUGCACUGCACUUUUCAGUUUUGUGCUCUUUUUAUUGUGUUUAUGGAAGAUUCUUGUAACCAUCUGCGCUUUUAUUUAAGGUUAAGUAUAAUAAGCCCCCUGACUUCUGACUUAAGUAAUGUGCCUCAGUGUGCAUGGUUUUAUAGAGAGAAUAAGAAUAAGGUAGAAGAUUGCAUGGUUUCACAGUUCAGUAUGUAUUUCACAGAGCUGUCACUAUAUAUUUUUCUUUGGCUCGUAUCUUUUAUGAAAGUAUUGUUUUCAGUUGUGAAUAUUAAUCAUACCAGCUUGUGUGUGUGCAAUGAUUUUCCAACAUAAACUUCUUAGUCUACAAACUGUCAAGUUGCUAGUGCUUGGCCCAUCACUUUAUCAGCUAUUAGUUCAGUAUCUUAGGGUCUGUUUUCUUGUGCAGAUAGAAAAGUGAAAUAUAUGGUGCUCUACGAAACAAUGAAGUUGUUUACUUUCUACACAAAGAUAGGCUUUGACAGAAUCAGUUUUUCUACAAAGAAAUUCAAUUGAUCUGUAGCAGGAUCUGAUUUUUUGUAGCUACAUGAAGAUUUACAGUUAACUAUUGGUUUGCCAAAAGAAUUUUUGAUAAUUUUGUCUCAACUAUUUUUCUUCCUCAGCUAUUGUUUAAGAUUUGAUCUCCAUGACCUAUUUUUGUCAUGAUGUUGCCUGUCAACUUAAUGUUGAGACUAAGCUUUGAGCAACGUGAAAGCUUGCUAUUUUUUAUUCGAACAUUUUGAAUUCCCCUAUGAUCAGGAGCUUAUCUUCUUACUCAAAGUUCUCAAAUUUACUCUGCUUACUUCAGUACAAAGAUAAAUAUAGAUAUUGGUGUAAAAGUAAGCCAUUAUAUAAUUGUCAGAAAACCACUUCCAUGUGUAGUGCAAGAAAUAAGUCAGUCAGUAAGAUAACAUUGUUCUUUGUUCUGUGGUUGAGUUUCCAGGACAGGUGGCAUUCACUGUGUCAGCUGGUUCCUCUGCAUGGUCAUAAUGUAUAAAGUACUGGAGUAUUGCUGUUUGCUUGGAUGUGUUAAGGCAGUAUGAUUUUAAAAAACUGAAUUACCCUGGAUUGUUGGCUCAGGCCAGUAAGUGGGGAUGUUAUAGAAAACCAGUGUUCAAUUUCACACUUAAUCUUUCGUUGUUGUCAGUGUCAGAAGGGUGUGUCUUCCUCCCUGUUCCGUGAAACAAGUGGAGGGCGUACUUUUGUACUUUCAUCAAAAUUUGUAUGAUUUUUUUGUCCUCCAUUAGCACCAUGUUCACCUUCUUUGAUGAAUAAUGUAUUACCACCAAAUUUUAAUGUUUGUUAGAAUGGCAUUCUCUGUUAUCUGUGCUUUUUGACGGGUCAAAAAAAACACCUUAGAAUGGAAGUGUUGUAUUUCAUUGGCUUCGGUUACCUGUCUAGUCAUUGGUAUUUUUUCCACUUAAUCUGUAACAUGUUUCAAUUGCUUGUGAAAGAGCGAGAUUUAGGGGAUAUGAAUUAUUUUCAAGAAUUUGUACCCUUGUCUUGUGUGGUGUUUGACCCGAAUACUGUCAAUGGGAGGCUGCCAGAAUAUCAGGGUGUUUUUGCAAAAAAGUAUAUGUAUCAGACAGCAUUUUAUUUUCAGUACAAAGUAAAUCAAGUAUAUAUAAAAGAAUGGUAAUUGAACAUAGAUCAUUAUAAACCAUGUAUAACACUUGAAGAAAGUGAGUAAUUUGAAUUUUAUAUGAUUUUUUUUGGUCAAGUAGGCCUAUUGUGAAGAUUUUCUCAUUCUAAAAUCUGGAUGUUCAGUGCAACCUAAAUUUCUGACAAAUGCACAUAUUUAUUUGAAAGAGGCUUUGAGUACUAAAGAGAUACUAUUAGUGUGAACACAAUUUUAGUUAGUAAACGAGAUAAAAAAUGUGAUCAUGCUGAUAUCAAACUGGGUUUACCUUUAUUCUCUCUGAAUUUUCUUACAUUGUCGUCCCAGUAAAGUUUCGUGAGUCAGCAGUGGUUCACAUUGUUCAUGGCACCAUCGUACUUCACAUGCUGGGCACCAGUGUCUGGUUCUUUUCCUGCCUUGGCGACCUUUGCUGCAGACAUAACAAUGUCUUUCCUUCUUUCCAUCGAGAAGAUAAAGUCUGUGUUCUGGAUGUGGAGGCUCAUGAGUGGAGGUGGUACUUCUUGAUUUUCAUACACAGCUUCAACCACUGACAUCAGAAACUUUCCUACCCAUUUUCUUUUCCUUUUGAACAGUCAAAUUGUGAAAAAUCCAAAAAUUUAGCAGGGUCAUGUCUAGAACAUUUUCGAAAAUCUUUUUCCAAUACCCGUGAGUACUCUGUUCACCAGCUUUGUGAUACAUCAUUUUGUCAGCUAAGUCCACUCCUCCCAUGGCUAUUGUAAUAAAAAACCUUGGCUAGUUUUGUUUGAAUUUUCCCUUUUAUCUGUUUGGUUUCCAUUUCAGCUUUGUGAGCAGUACUUGGCAUAAGAACAGGUUCUUUUCUUCUGCCGAUAUGCCAUUGCGAUAGUUGUAUCUCUCCUCUGAAAUUUUACGUAAUUGACCUUCAAUUUUGCUUUAGACAGAGGCUUAGGAAAGUCUUUGUAUUUACUCUCACUGUACCUGUUUGCACAGUCCAAUGUGUCCACAGGAAAUUUGCAAGUGCUGCCUUUGUAUAAAAAUUGUCUGUGAAAACAUGAUAACCUUUCUCUAGUGGGUGACUUUGCUCAAGUAGACUUCUGACAACUACAACGGCUAGACCAUCAUCUCUAAUCACAUACAGUUCUUUUCCAGCGCUAGCAUAUAGCUCAGUGUGAACAAUGUACCCACUGGAAUCACAUAACUGAAAUUUCUUUAUUCCAAAUCAGCUAUGCCUCUUAUUUGGCAUAUACAAGAUGAACACACAGCAAUUUUUCAUGCCAAUCAUACUCUCGUCUACCGACAAGUUUCAAUGGAACAUAGAAUUCUUUAGCCUUAGCAUUGAAUUUUCAACAGAAAUGACACCUUUUGUCCUCUGGGAAUUUCAUCUGCGUUCCUGUUCAAAUGCACCAUCCAAUUGGUGAGACUGGAAAUCCAGAACAGCAUGAUGUGGGAGAAGUAGGGGGUGCUGAUACAGUCACUGGUCUGGUAAUCUGCUAUUUUUCCCUUUUUGACGAGUCCCAUGUUCAACAAAAGUCCUAAAUAGUUUCAGGUAAGUCAUUGAAAUCCCCGUAUUAGGCCUUUGCGUAUAGUGAGAUAGUGAGAUGUUGGAUGAUCUCUCUCCCAAUCGCGAAUUUUUUGUGAAUUCAGAAGUUCGCCAGCACAAUGAUUUGUUUCACGAAGAAUGUGUUUCAAUAAUUCAUCAUCUAGAAACAACAAAAAGAAGUCAAUUGGUUUAUCAGAACCCACAGGAAUAUUUCUUAGCUGGCACUAAGAACAGACCUAACCGUAAACGAAAGUGGGAAUUUCUCUCUUUCAAUCUCUGCUUCAGGCUCAACUUCUCUCCAUUCAUCACCUGCAACUUGAUCUACUAGGUCUAGAUCUAUAUUGCUUUCUUCAUCACCCCCAUCACUGUUGUCAGUGUUGUCACAUUGUCACUUAUGUGUGGAAUAUCCGGGAAAUCAUCAUCUGAAUCACCACUAUCAGGUUCUUCAAAUAAAACAAACAAGCCUCUCCUUGAAGAGGUGUCACUAGUGGGAGGCCCUGGAUCAGGACUUGCCAUUUUUCAUAAAUCACGGACUCCAAUAUUCCCUGACUUUAGAUGCUUGCCUUUCCAAAAUUCCUGCUUCAGCCAGCUUUGCUUUGGCCUAAAAUGAAAGUAGAAAUACUGUAUCUUGUUUAGGAAGAGUUGCUUCCUGUUUCCUCUACAUUGCCAAUUUUUUUUUCACAUUUUUUCUCAGUGACCGAUAUAACCGGUCACAACAUUCUGGUAACAUCCCAGUGACUGAUUUGGUCGGUCACUGACAGUAUUUGGGUUAAAAAUCUGCCUUCUGUUUUGUUUCAGAGUGAUUGUUUUUGAAUGAAAAUGCUGGACAAUUUUGUUUUGUUUCGUCCAAUGUGAAUGACUUCAAGCACAUCUUGCUUUUUCUUUUUCCUCCUAUGUUUAUCUUACUAUGGGUGGUUUUAAGAAUGUAUGUAUUUGAAAGCCUUCAAGAGUUUAUUGCAUUGUAAGUAUGUCUGUCUGUAGCCAUUAUGCCGUUUAUUCUGCUUUUGUAGCAUUAAUGUACAUCUAAUAUUUUGAUUACGUUGUGUCAUUAUAUUGUAAUCCAAUAAUAAUAAGUCUAAAGGGACCAUUGGUACUAUAAUUUUGAGUCAGAGAAUGACUGUUAUAAGUUUUUAUAAUCCAUUAAUAAUUUAGGUGCUUCAUGGGUAGAAUUGCUCAGAGAUCCUGUUACUGUUAAUAUUGAAAUUUUUCUUAAACUUUGUUCAGAUUUGUUAACUGACUGAAAACUGAAACUGAACUAUCUUAGUUUCCCAGUUUCAGCUAGAUAUGUCUGGUCUUUCUGUCUUUAAAACUAAACAAUAUGUGUGCGGCUCUGAGAAAACCGGUCCGAUGGUGCGGAAUUUUAUUUUGAGACCGCCAAAAAUAGGCCUUAGACUACAUUUUUACUGAAAACGAGAUUAUAUGAAAUUUAGAAAGAUAAACCAUUUUUACAUCAUAUAAUUCAAGGAAUUUGCUGAAAUAUGAUUCUAGAUAUUGUUUAAGAAUUAUUUUGGUGGGCAUUGUCGCCAAAUUACGCAAAAUUCCUAGUCAAACAGAGGGAAUCUGUACUCAAUCGGGUGGACACUUUGUUUUCACAGGAACCCCCAUAUAUUAUACCAAAAGAAAUAAUUUUAUUGCCGUUUCGGGAAAACCCAGUGCGCAUGAAUAUUUAAAUGUCACAAAUAGUUACAAGAGUUUCGCAUCUUCUAGUUUCACUUCUGAGAAGGUUUUUUUCAUGAGUGCUGUUUAUCCUUCUUCUGUUCCAUUUCUUGCCAUUCAAACCAAAUUUGAACUGUUCGUAAUUGAAUUAAAGUUCUUCGUUCUGCUCUGCAAAUUCCCAAAAUAAACAAAACUUUAAAACCCAUUUUCUCAAAACUUCGCCUUCGGACCCCUGUGCUCUCUAAAAUGCCAUAACUUUUCUCAGAAUGCUCUAAUUGUAUUCAAAUAAAGUGCAAAAUGCUCGGGAAAGGUGUGUCUUUCAAAACAUGCAAAAAAGUCUAUUUUGAACAUUUGCACCAUGUGAAGGGUUUUCUUAGUUUCAAACCAUGUUUAACAAGGAACAUUACCAUAAUCUAAAUUCUUAUACAUUAUUGCCUAUCCACCACCCUCUUUUUUUUUGACAGAAUAGAACAAGAUUUGGUUAGGUUGUUUGUUUUUUUCCUAUGUAAACUUAAAACUAGUCUGCUUUUAGAGAUAUAGAUCAAGAUUUACCAUAGGUCAGGUUCCAGUAUUCUUGAGAUGAGUGAAGCAGAAUUACUCUAGACACAAAGACUAAUGAGAGAUAGGUACAUCUAAUUUUCUAUUCUAUGUCUAUAUUUAUAUCCAGACUCAGUUCAAUAGUAAGUAGUACCAUCCAGACCAAAAUCGCCCUUUUAAAAAAGCUCAUUAAAAAAUAAAACUUUGCUUUAAACCCCAAUUUUUUCUAAUGUAUUGAACAGAAAAAAUACAUUUUAAAUUCAUUAAAGAAUACGGAAAAUCAAAGCAACAAGGGCUUUUCAAAAGUGUUAUCGUUGGUCUCAGGUUCAUUUCCAAAUCUGAGUUAGUCUUGAGUUUGCGGCAAAGUACUUUAUUUUGAAAACUUUAAAUGUUUUUACAUGUAUCAUGAAAAGUCUUUCCUUACACUCAGCUCAGUACCCCAAAUGUUUUUUAUUGUGAUUUUUUAGCUAGCUCAUCAGGUUAUAUGAUUUAAUUUUUCUUGGGAUUGUGGAGUUAACGAUUAACUUUCUCGUGACAACUUUUGACCAUAGAGUCAAAUAUAAUGAGUCAAGAUGCUAUCCCCCUGUACAAUGUAUGCCCUAAAAUGGACCAUAGGUGAUUUUAUGACUGUACUACAAUAGCUUUGAGCAGAAUUUCAUUGGCAAAACUAAUUAAAGCUUCGAAUUCUGCAGUAAUGAAAAGGUACGAAUCACAUUUAUCUUUAAUUUUGAAAGGGACAGCAAAAUGGCUGAAACUGCUUACUGUCAUGGCUAACAAAGAUUGGGCACAUUGAAAGUUUUUCUUAACUUACAUCGUUAAGGGGUUGAAUUGCUAGAAACCAAAACUUGUUGAGGUUUUAGUCUACCGGGAACAUUAAAGGUCUUAUUUAAAGAUCGAAGAUGCAGAUUUGAAAUGAAAUUAUGUACACUUUCGGAAAUCGACAGAUGUAUGUUUUGUAUUAUUUAUUAAUACAGUCUUUGUCUGUGCAGUGGUACCCCUGGAAUGAGAUGCCAACUCAGUGACAACAUAUCGAACAGCUUAUUAUAAAGCCUACUCAUCAUCAUCAUGAGGCCAACAGGGUUUUCCCACAGCACACACCUUUGUUGUAAUUGGGAGAAAUGCAGGUCAACACUUUCGUCAGCCAUUUUUAACCUUUGACCACAUAUCCAAACCCAUGAGGUUUCCCAGUUUGGUUUUCAUAUGACUAUUGGUAGAGUGCAUGGACUUGAUAAAAAAUGACCCAUGUGCUGUUAUAAUAAUAAUAAUAAUAUGAUAACAAUAAUAAUAAUGCAAGUAAAAUACAUAAUGUUCCCUGGGCCAAAUGGCUGUGUAAGUGUAAGCAGUGAGUUCAAUAACCGAUUAGGCCCCACCUACAUAAGGAACAAAAUGCAAUAAAUUUUAACUAAGUGAAGUAGCUUUGGUCAUAGGCUUACAGUCCUCUAUUGUCUCUGUUACUGGUCACACCUUUCUUUCAUUUUCCAACAUCAAUGUUGAUUCUGAAGAAAAAAAAGUCAAAGGGCAAGUUGUCUGGUAUCAUCACCACUAUAGAAGUGAGUACAGUGGAACUCGGAUUCAACGAGAACUCGGAUUCAACGAGAACUCGGAUUCAACGAGAGGAGAUAGAUUCCCCCCUUUUUUUUUUCUUCUUUAAAAUCAAUGAAAAUAACCCUGAUUCAACGAGCACUAAAUCAGCAAUCUUGGAUUAAACGAGGUCGCUUCUAGGGUGAACAGUCCCCACAGACGUGGCUUUGCUCAUUUUUCUCCCAGAACGAACUUUAUCUUUUCCCGGAAACCAUCCAUUACACCUGCAUCGUGAGCCAUUAUUCACUUCUUAGCCGAUUGCAUGUGACCAAUCAGCGGUCUUCUUUAAUAUCAACACAUGCGUUGUUGGCACAUGCACGUGUCUACUCUGGCGUGUGUCGGGGUCGGAUGGGCGGCAUGCACACAUGUGACAGUGUGUGCGUAUCGGGGGGGGGGUCACUAGCAGUCCGGGCGUUGAACGUCCCUGAGAUACAAACGCGUCAGUCUUUUUUUGCCCCUCGGCAACUGAUCAUUAUUACAAUGAUAAGCCAGUCUUGACGUACAUCUAUGUAAUGAAUGGCCUGUAAUUAUCUACACAAAACCUCGUGUUUGCUAUAACGAAGACUCGGAUUCAACGAGAUUUUAGGUCAGACCCGGCGACCCCGUUGAAUCCGAGUUCCACUGUACCAUGUUGUUGUGUACUGGGAAAGCAAUCUACGAGAAGCUAGAAGGUGAUAAGAUUAAUUUUUUACUAAAUCUAUGGAAAAAUUUUUGCUAAUUUUAAUACUGACAGUGGUCUCGGAUUUCCUGGACUGAAGGUGAAGCGUCAUCUUUUUAACAGAUCUUCUUUGAAAAAAUAUAUUCAGUACGGUUGCUUUCGAUGCUGUUAAAAAAAAAGGUAGAGGUUGAGAUAAUUGAAUUCUAAUACGUAGCAAUAUUGUAGGCCUAUUAGCAGUUUUUCAUUGAUAUUCUGUGAAAAUGAUAUAAUUUUAUGUUUUGUAUGUUUAAUCUUAUGUCUUAAGUGGCAGAAUGAACCAGGUUUCCUGCAAUAGUUGCUUCAUGUUAACAUUGUUGUUAUCCAUCUCCCAGUUUCCACCUUGUCACAACAUGAAUUUCAUGGUUUGAUAGCAUAGAGCUAUCUUGUAAAAAAAAGAUAUUCUGUAUAUAUUAUAAUGAACAUUUUAUGUUGGGUGUUUGUAAAGCCAUUCACACUGAUAAAUCUCAUUUGCUGAUCAUACAAAGUGUAAGAAUUGAAAAAAAAAGGUAUAUUUUCUGUGCAGUUGUUUCAAAACACUGGUUGAAAAUAAAGCAAAUGAGUAUAUUAA